AUGUUGGAGAGUAUUUUUGAGGGGUUGGAUCAAUGGUCUUUAUCUUCUGGAGGAUGGGGAGGGGAGGAGAGGAGAGGACCCUUUUCGGUUUUUGGGGUUGGAUUGCAGAGGCCUGGUGAGAGUAGUCAAGGGACUGGCAGCGAAACUGGGAUAGGUGGCGAUGGUAUGCAGGUUGACGGAUUAAAGACCGGAGAAGAGGACGUUAUAGCAAACGAGAUCAGUCAACCGUCUGUGGCUACCACUCAAUCGCCAGCAGUAUCGACAACAACCACCACGCCAUAUCUGCUUUACCGAGAUGAAUCACCAAGUGACACGGGAUACACCAUCGAACAACCAAUUACUUCAACAGCUCUCCCAGAAACCGAACUCAUCCACCAUUGGGUCAUCUUCCUCAGCCAGAACAUGCUUCUUAUCGACACACCAGACAACCCCUGCCGCACCGUUUUCAUGCCACUGGCCCUCCAAGGCCUUGACACCUCGUCACCUGCCCAUCUUGCCGUCUUCCACGCUAUAUGCGCUGCAUCGGCGUUUAGUCUCUCAUACCUUCGCAACGAUGCGAGAUAUCAUUCCUCAGCGGUGCGACAUGAUCAGCACGCCUUACGUUUACUCCGACGACACCUCUUGCACGGCGGACGGCUAGACGAGCCAACCCUCGCCGCGGCACUGACGUGCAUCACGGGCGAGGCCAUGUCCGGCCGGAAAGGCAGAUGGAGGGCUCACGUCGUCGGCGUGCUGGGUUUACUGGAGCGAGAAAUCUCCCGGAGUUGGAUCCGCAGCUCAACAGCCACACCGCUAAUACAGAGCUGUCUUAGUUUGUCGACCCUGUGCAGGCUCAGAGUUCCCCGGGAGUUGGUCGCGUUGUUCCGGGGGGUAGAUCCGCAAGAACGUGAUUGUUAUCUUGAGCGGGCGCAUGGGGUCACUAGAAACCUUGUGGAGUUUCUGGCAGAUGUCAAUGAUAUUAAGGAGGUCAGGAGUCGUGUUUCUCCGGCGGAGUUGGAUCAGUUGGAGUUGCGACUUUAUCUGAAUUUUCCGCGGGUAUCGGCCGAUACACACAAGUCGGAGGUUGUCCAGCAUGCGCUUAAUUCCUUUUACUAUGCUACGGUCAUUUAUUUCCGUCGGACAUUAAAGGGAGCAUGCGUGGCUGAUGUUCGGGACCUGGUUGAAAAGGCUGUCCAGGAUCUUGAGGCUGUAGAGGCACAGGGGAGCGCGUGUGGGAGUGCGUAUAACUGGGCUAGUUUCGUGGUUGCGGCAGAGUGUGAUCAACCGGACCUGCAGGCUCGAAUGUUGAACUGCUUUGAUCGGAAGCGCAGGCAUGGGAUUAAAAAUAUCGAUCGGCUUCGGGAAUUUGUCAGGAUUGUAUGGGAACGGCGGGUGUCUACGGGGGUAGAUAUCCAUUGGCAAGACCUUGCUGAUGAAUUUGAAUUUGAUAUCAUGUUUGUCUAA